UGCAGGCGCGCCCUUGAGCCGGCGGCUCGCGUGUUCUAGGUCUGGAGAAUCCGGCCCGCCUGGUUUUUCCUGAGUGGAGGCGGGGACGGCUCCGAGUCGCAGACUUUCAAGAUGGUGGUGGCUCCCAAGCCCGAGGUCCGGCGGAAUGCCUCCACCUUUUUCCGUACAGCUCUCCCUUUGCCCUCACUGGUCACUGUCCUGAUGCUGGGCUACGCCGCGUGGGUUGUCCUCUGGCCUCAGACUAUCCCUUACCAGAGCCUUGGCCUCCUGGGGUCCUUCACACGGUACCUGGUAGACCACCAUUACACUCUCCUACACAGUGGGUUUUGGCUUGCCUGGUUGAUCCAUGUGGGAGAGUCUUUAUAUGCUAUGGUAUUGUGCAAGUCUAAAGGAAUCACAGAUAGCUGGACUCAACUCCUCUGGUUCCUGCAGACAUUUCUCUUUGGAAUAGCAUCUCUCUCCAUCUUAAUCGCUUAUCGACCAAAGCACCAAAAACGCACUUGAAUGUACACUCUCACCAUUUCUACAUUCAAUGUCUUCUUUUUGGGGGUGCUAGGUUUACUUGAUCAUUCCACUUUCUAUGAAGCACCCAUCCUGAUAAGUUAUUUAAGACCCCCUAAUUAGGCAUCUUUCUUUCCUAUGCUCUGAUUAAACUUGAAUAGGUCAGUUGUUCCUUAAGAAAGAACUGGGUACCUGUGGCUCAUGCCUGUAAUCCUAGCUA